AUGAACUGCUUUACAUGGGUGGUUGAAAAUAGUACAAAAUGCGAUCUUAUUAAUGAGUUUCCAAAUAAUUAUUGCAAAAAGAGCUGUCAGCUUUGCGGUUCUGAAUCAAUAGCCAAAGAAUAUGAUUUGAAAAAAGUACCAACGACUCUUAAAAAAGUAGCAUUUCUGAUCGGUAAAUGGCGCUCUGAAUUUGGCGGUAAAGCAGUUUUCCCAACAAUUCCGAAAGUCACCUAUGGAGAAGAGAUUGAUUUUAAAUUAAUUACCAAUAGCGGAUACGUCUUUGAUGCUCUUAAUUAUGCCGCGACAGCAUGGGAUAGCUGGGACGGGAAGGAAAUACACAGUGAAUACGGUUUUUUAUCGGUUGUUACUGACAACGGUAGUAGUUUGAUUUCACUAAAUACGAUUAUGAGCAACGGUUUUAUCACCAUUGAAGAAGGAGAAGAACGUGGUCUUUCCAUUGAAUUACGUAUGCAACAAAUUGCAAGAAUUAAUUUCAGUCAUGAUCUUCCAGUCCUUAAGAUGUUGAGAAGCUGGACACUACUGGACGCUGCACAUCUAGAAGCUCGUCUAUCUAUCAAUACAAUAACUCAUCAUGAGCUGACUGAGCACACAAGUAUCAUUUAUAGUAAAAUAUAUCCUUGA